CUAUGCGCGCUGGUCUGACUCAUUCACUCUUCGAACGUCUGGUCAUACUUGGGAUCAGACCCUUCCUCUGCAAGUGCAGCAUCACAUGCGCCCUCGUUUGUCCGAAUUCCCCUCAUACAUGUUCUAUGAGGGCAUACUACAGAUCGGUGCCACUGCUCCGGAGCGUCUUCGCAAGAAUGUCGAUUUCCCAUGGCCCGCCCCAGGCUUGACCAUAUUGACAUUGUCACACCCCACAGUUCCUACAUCUUCAACUAUAUGCAAUUCAAUGGGUCUCUUCAGGACUUGUACAACGAUAUUGAAGUGGUUAGUGUCGACGCCUUAUUCGGGAUAUGCAAUUCACCAUUUUUAGAUGCCUUGUUAAUACACUAGGUUAACCACUCACCUGUUGGGGUUCCUUCUCUAAUUCGCUCAGAGGAACUGACCAUAUGCGAACGAGCUUGUCCUCACAGCCAGUAGCGAUGAGCUGGCUGUCCUCGGA